AUGGCAUCCCAUCCGACUUCGAUUUCCAAGCGUCUUCGUGCGGAAACUACAACCAACGGGCGCGAUCUUCUUAACCAUGCUUUGGAUGUCUCGGCACGGUCAUUGAGCCGGGACCCGAAUGAUAUGGCUACUAAUCUUGGUCAGAGCCCUGGUGGUCUCGAAGAGCCCGAGAUGCGGCCUGCGCCCUCCCCUGUUGAGUGGAAAGAACGACCUCGCAUGUCUAUCAGUGACUUGCCUGGUUUGGACGUAUACGCUGCAAGAGCGACUGCGAACGAGACAGAAGAUGACCGCCUGCUAUCGCCUUUGACCCCUUUAUGGGACAUUUGGCCUACACCACCGCCGGGGAAUGGGUCGCAUACCACGAACCGGACGUUGCGAACCCAGUACAAGCUUCCAGGCGAGUCUGAAGAUAGGCCGAGAGUACUGCGCCCGGAUUUCCGGUCCCAGCCGAUCGUCUCUGAACGCGAAUCUACGCCGCAGAACUGCCGCGGUGCGUCAAAGUGGACCGAGUUGUGGCACUUGUGCGAAUUGCAAGACAUCGCGGAACGCAAGAAGUUCUGGAUCUCGCUGUACAACACUUUCGUAUCCCUUGUUAACUCGCCAAAACUUGACGGUGCCACGGACGUCCGUGCAGCUGUACAAUCUGCAAAAGCGCGCCAAGCGACUCUCAAGCAGUAUCGUGUGGCGGGUCAGAUGGCGGCCGCCCAGGCCCACUAUAUACCUUGCCGCAAGGCCACGGCGAGCAACGGCAAAGGCAACCUAGAUGAGCGCUUUAUCGUUGAGAGUAAGGAGAUCAGGCGUAUAGCUAUCGAGUCCGGCGCCCUUGAUGCGUCCGAAAUCUUGCUAGUGGACCAGACGUGGCAGCGUAUCGUGAAACCACCACCUGAGGCUGGCCUCCAAGCUGUCAUUCUUUACAACGCGGAGACGGUCAAAGACAAUACCAUCAAACAAUCUGAUAUAUUCGGUGGCGGAAUAUACAAUGCUGAAAUCCUUACGGCCCAGGCUUCUGAAAUCUCGCAGCAAGUGCUGGCUUUGGAGAUGGCUCAGCUUGUACAACAUCUUCAGUAUCGUGAAGGGUUCGAGCGAGGCCUGGAUCAGUUCGGAGCCAUGGUCAAGACUUCGAUUGGUGCCACGGCAACUAAUGGCAUCCUUCAUACACCCCAGGUGCCAACUGAACCUGAAGGCAAAAGCGCGUGGAAGAAAGCCCGUAUCGUACAGCAACAAAAGCUUCGCAAAGAAGUCAAAGCCAACAGUGCAUUCAUUCAAUCAUGUAACUACAUGCUACUGGAGGGCUUCAUGCCCAUGUUGGCGAAGGAGCAGAUGCUGGUGGCUACACGCAGUAACCUAAUCAAUUCCUUAGGCUUCCCUAACACCGCAUCCUUUGGAUCGUUCGCAUACGGCGCAUCUCCUCACACGGACCGCGAUGAUACCGUCACAAUGGGAUGGGUAUCGGCUCGUUCGAAGAAGAUACUUGACGACGAGUCAAAUUUCUUCUGGUCCGAGUAUAGAAUCAUCCUAGAGCUAGCGGAGCACUGCCACUGGGUGUGGAACGCGCAAGAUGAUCCUCAUGGCACCACGCUGUCACGUUUGGUGGCCCGGCAGCCAAAGUCGUGGAAGACUGUGGCUCGCAAUCAGCCCGACGAAGGUCAAUGGUCAAGGGCCAACGUCAUCACGAGGGCGGCAUCGCAAGCAGCCCAGCGUGUUCAGUGA